UUUCCAUUAGUAAGUUGCUGGUUGGCCAGCUAGAAAUGACGACACACAUGUGCGAAAGCAUUUCAGCAGAUAUGUGUACUUUUGUUAGGCAGCACAAACAAUCUCUGAUAUUUUACAUUAUCAGAUGUUAUUGUAUGAGUUCUGAUUAUUUAAUCUAAUCAAUGACAAACUAGCAAAGCAAUCAAGACACUAUCAAAAUGUCUGCCACUUGCAACUGUACCGAGCAUGCCAGCAAACUCAACCAGCAGAUAUCUGUCAUGCGAAAAGAAAUCAAGAAUCUCAGGCAAUUGUUGGACAGUGCUGUUCGUUCUCAUCGAAAACACAUGACAUCUCUCCAGUCUGCUUUGACACACAUUGGCCAGAGUCGAUCUCCAAAGAGUCAACCAAGGCCACGGGCAGAACUAGAGACACAGAAUUCACUUGAGAAAGGGACCAUCCAGACAGUCCCCAUAGGUUACAUCAGCUCCUGUUUCUCAGUGAAGAAUGGCACCCCCAGACAGCCAACUAUAUGUGGGCCCUCCAGGGCCACCCUUCAGAUCCAGCAGAGUGUCUUCAACAACCCUGAACACUCACUGGUCGGCCUGGACAACUACUCUCAUGUCUGGGUCAUCUUCCUGUUCCAUAAGAACGGCCACCUGAGUUAUAAGGCCAAGGUGAAGCCCCCCAGACUGAACGGCCAGAGGGUUGGGGUGUACUCCACACGUAGCCCCCACCGGCCCAACGCCCUGGGUCUGACCCUGGCCAAGCUGGACAGAGUCACAGGUGACACACUUCAUCUGAGUGAGAUAGACAUGAUCGCAGGCACCCCUGUCCUCGAUAUCAAACCCUACAUCUCUGACUAUGACUCCCCACACAGUAGAGUGGACAUUGACACAGAUACUUGUGACGUCCAACUUGAGAGCACCAGUGUGCCAUCAGAAGAGGGGACCACCAGUGUGCCAUCAGAAGAGGGGACCACCAGUGUACCAUCAGAAGAGGGGACCACCAGUGUACCAUCAGAAGAGGGGAGCACCAGUGUACCAUCAGAAGAGGGGACCACCAGUGUACCAUCAGAAGAGGGGAGCACCAGUGUACCAUCAGAAGAGGGGAGCACCAGUGUACCAUCAGAAGAGGGGACCACCAGUGUACCAUCAGAAGAGGGGACCACCAGUGUACCAUCAGAAGAGGGGACCACCAGUGUACCAUCAGAAGAGGGGACCACCAGUGUGGAGACGCUGCAUUCAGACUCAGUAGCUUCGUCCUCCUGUACUUUUGAUCCCCAGUUGGACUUGGGGGUUGAGAGACAGGAUAGUCAUAGCACAGACCCCAGAAUACUCCACUCAAAAGACAAAUCCAAAGUUCACAUCCUCCAUCCAGGCGAUGCCUCCAGCUCUUAUGCUCCUAAAUACCCAGGCAAAGACAUCACCACUGUGCUGGGGGAGCUCAAGGCCUACAUCAGCGAGGGACAUGACCCCUUCACCCUGGGGAGCUCUGUAGGAAAGUCUCAGGCUUCAGAUUGCCCUAAAGCCAAGCCAUUGGAGGAUAGUGCUAGGCCUUGCUAUGGGGAAGAGGCCUACAGCACCAUCGCUGGCUGGAUCAGGGAGCCUCCUGUGACCAGUCUGGAGGUGCGCUUCACACCCCAUGCAGAGAGAGAGCUGGGGGAGUUCCUUGCCCCCAUCAAUACAGAAUCUCGUGACCGACCCAGGUUCCGGUUCCUACGUGGUCCAAAAGAGGCUGCUGCCGCCAUCAGAGGGGUUCUAUCUGCUGACCCCAGGUCAGUGUAUCGGAGGAGCCGCUGUAAGGACAGACUCUUCUUCUUCACCUUGGACACGGCAGACAUCACCUGCUGGUUCGGACAGGGCUUCGCUGAGGUGCUCCGGGUCAGACUCGUGGCUGUUGGAAAAGAACUGGCCAGCUGAAUGGUUCAGGUUCUGUAUGAUCCUAAUGGUUCUAUGGAUUGAUUUUGGAAUCAGCUCUCAAUAAUUGUUUUACAGGUGAAUCUGAGAAAAUAUGAAUAUUUAACUAAAUAAAUGCAAUGUUAUAAA